AUGUUGGUUCUUGAAGUAGCUCUUCUAAUCAGAUUUUGGAGUCCAAUAAUAUUUUUUGCAAUCGGAGCUCCAGCAGCGUUGCUCAAUGCAAUAAUAUUCCUCAGCGUGAAAGCAUUCCGUCGAUCUUCAUCGGCUUAUUACGUUGUGGGACAAUCAGUAGCUGAUAUCAACGUUUUGUUGAUAGUACUUCUUCAACUAGUUCCAUCUACAUCAAUAUCAGUUUCAUCAAUUGCUUGUAAGUUAAUGGUCUUUUGCAUUCAAAUGACAGUGUCUGCUGCAAUGAGUUUUCUUUGUUUGUCUGCGUUUGAUCGAUGGGCAUGUACAUCUCAAUCAGCUCGAAUACGCCAGUUAAGUUCAAUUCGUGUAGCUCGUUAUAUGUUUCCUAUUCCCUUUAUUCUUUGGUCACUUGUGAAUAUUCCUUUUCUCCUGUAUUGUGAUCUUGUACCACCAAUAUUUACUUGUUGGUUCACAAAUGAUCUUUUUAUGAGAAUAGGAGUUCUUUUUUUGACUCCGAUUCUCACUGUUCUUCUUCCUCUAAUUGUUCUAAUACUGUUUGGACUAUUGACAUAUCGUAAUAUUCGUCUUGUGAGUCAUAUUCGUCAACAACCAAAUCAAACUCGUAUGUCAACAUGGGAACAACAAAUGACAAGAAUGAUGUUAACUCAAACUCUACUAAGCAUAUUUUGCACACUUCCUCGAGCCAUUUACAUCGUAUACGCAAUUGCUACACUUGAUGAGAGUACAAAGAGAACUUUCGACGAAAUGUCUAUUGUAGCUCUUGUUGAUCAGUUAACUGUCUCCAUCACUUCUAUUAAUUUCGCUUCAUCUUUUUACAUAUUUCUUCUUGCCUCACCACGUUUUCGACAAACGAUUCAAAUGUAUUUGAAACGUGGACUCCAUCUAGGACAGAAUCAAGUAACUCCCACAAAAAACAUAGCACUCACAGCAACAACACAUACUGGACGACAAACUGCAAGAGGCACGAUUCAACCAAUUGUUCAAAGUUAA